AUGCAAACAGAAGUAUCACCGGAUACACCUUCACCAUUGAGUUCCGGAGGUGCAUCAAUAAAUGAACAAAGCUCAGGAGAAAGUAUAGUAAUACUAAAUGAAUCACCGGAAACUGAUAUACAACCGUCAAAUGGAAUAGAAAUUGUUAAUAAUGAAAAUACAAUAGAUUCU